GUAGUUCUCCUGAAAAGGUGAAUAAACCUGGUAACUCGAGUUCUGACGCCCAUAUGGCGUCCGCUAUGCCUUCAUCUAUGCAAACGGGAUCAACUCUUGGGGAUCGAGUUUUUCACCCUUCAAUUAAUAGUUCUGUUGGCCCGUCACCGUCUGUAAUUUUAUUGGACGACAGGAAGGGUCUGCAGCCGACCGAAAAACUCGUGUUCGCCAACCAGACGACCAAUACUGGCGCACUUAUCAACUUCACUGAGAUUAUCUAUAGCGAUUCAAUGCGUGGAUACCGUGUGUACAGACGCGAGCACCAGGUUUCGCCAUUCUUUCGGUUGCUUAGUACAAAUAAUAUGCUUCUCCUUGCGGCAUCUCUUUCAUUUUUGUUGUCUUGUGUUGUUCACACCUCAGCAUCACAGCUUCACCAUCUGCACUGGUUGCAUCUAUCUGGUGCAACAGAUAGCAACCGCAUGAGAUCAGGUCUUGAUUCGGGCAUCGAAAAACAAUUGAAGGCAUUCGCCUCACUUAAGCUGAAUGUAACGGCCUGUAUUUUUUUCUGGACACUUUUAAUGAUACAAUUAAUUCGUGCCUACCGCAGUGUCUAUGUUGAGGAGGUGCUCGCGAUCCGCGGCAUUGGGCUGCAAUUUACCAGCUUUGGCGUUUUCAACCACGUCCGGGAAAAGCGGUUCGUGGACCGAAUGUUGAUACGCUUAAUCGCAAUUCAUGAUGCCUUCUAUCGCUACCAGCCUAUCUUCUUGCUUUCUUCUUCGAUUGAAAACGAUUCGAGGCGCCUUGUGUACUUCAGUGAGACGCUGCCACGUUUGCCAGUGCUGCGUCAUACGCUCAAUGGGAUCCGCCACGUCUUGUAUGGAGAAGAGGAGCAUGGGCCAAGCUUGGCGGAUAUCCAGACGAUGUCUCAACCUAUCUUUGGACGCUCCAUGAGUACAAGCGAUGAUUUCAGCAAAGGGGAUUAUAGUGGCGACGAGGAAACAAACAUCUCCGAUGAGUCAUAAUCAUCCAUUUCUAGAAAGAAGCUAUUCUGAAGAAAGUUCCUUAGCUACUGAUUUAAAUCCGCGAAUGGAAAUAAUAGAUAUAAGUUUUUCUUAA